AUGGAGCUUGGUCUAAGCUUAGGAGAUACGCCAAAGCCCGUUUCGUUUGCAGAUCGAAGCAUCUCACAGCUGCAGAAGACCAAGGAUUCAGGGUUUUACAUGGGAUUGAACAGCAGCAGCACGAUUCAAGAUCCUCACCACAAGAACUUUAGAGAGAACGACGACGAUGACAAAACAAAUUGUUCUUCUUCGUCGUCGGAUCGACCACUAGUACAGCUUGAUCUCCUCCCUUUCUCGCCGGCUCUCGAUCAAUCUCCACCACCGCCACCUUCUCAUCGUCCCUUUCCAUGGCUCUCACAAAUCUUAAUAGCAGACACAGGCCACCGAACCAAACUGGGAAAAGGACUGGAUGUUAAGCCACUAACAGCAAUAUAUGAUCCAGACAUUUGUAAAGAACCGGCCACUGUACAGUCUUCUCCCGACAAUAGUAACAGUGAUACGUCAUCAUUUCAGAUGGAUUUUUCUUCCAUUUUCAAGAGCAGCACCGGAAGCAGUAGACUGCCGUCAAAGCAAAGGGACUUGGAAUUAACUAAGGGGAGUUUUGAUUAUUUAGUGGAAGCUUCAGAAAGAGAUCAAAGAGUACUGUCAUCAAGAGGAGGAGGAGGAGGAGGAUAUGGUGGAACUAGUGAUGAAGAGGAAAACGGGUUGGGCAGAAAGAAGCUCCGACUCACUAAACAACAAUCUGCUUUUCUUGAAGAUAGCUUCAAAGAACACAAUACCCUCAACCCUAAGCAAAAGCUAGUUUUAGCAAACCAGUUGAAUCUUCGUCCUCGACAAGUUGAAGUGUGGUUUCAAAAUAGAAGGGCAAGGACAAAGCUGAAGCAGACUGAGGUGGACUGUGAGUAUCUAAAGACAUGCUGUGAAACACUGACUGAAGAAAACAGGAGAUUGCAAAAGGAGCUUCAAGAACUAAGAGCCUUAAAGACUUCCCAGCCUUUUUACAUGCAACUCCCUGCCACUACCCUCACCAUGUGUCCUUCGUGUGAAAGAGUCGUCACCACCACUCCAGCCACCACCACCACCACCACGCUCCCACAAGAACCUGCUGCCAACAAUGGCCGUCCAUGACACUAGGAGCAACAGAUCAAAUAUCGUGAUGCAUUUUUGCGGGAUGUUUUUGCUUUUGCGAUUGGAGGACCAUGGUUUGACCAAGAAAAUGAUAUUCAAGAAGAAAA